GCACGCCGACAAUUUGGUGUAAAAGCUCACUCGCCAUAGGCAAAGAUCAGAAGCUUCUGCUCCUCCAUCGCACAAAGACCACCGUCAUGCUGCGCGCCUGCAUCGUCCUUGCCCUGGCCACCAGCGCCUUCGCUGGUAACAUUGGCCACCUUGCUGGCGGCUACACUCUCGCCAGUAACCUGGGCUAUGGCCUUGGCUAUGGCAACCUCGGCUACGCCGGCCUCGGCUACGGUGGUCUCGGCCUCUCCCACUAUGGUCUGUCCCACGGUGUUGGCUACUCUGGCCUGACCGGUUACGGUGUUGGCUAUGGAUACGGAUACGCCGCCCCAGCUGUCACCCGUACCGUCUCCACCUACCACGCUGCUCCAGCCGUGACCGCUGUCCAUGCCGCUCCAGCCGUGACUGCCGUCCAUGCCGCUCCAGCCGUAACUGCUGUCCACGCCGCCCCAGCUGUCGCCACCUACGCUGCCGCCCCAGCUGUCACCAGGGUUGUUCAGUCCGCCCCGGCUGUCACCUACGCUGCUGCCCCAGCCGUCACCAGGGUUGUUCAGUCCGCCCCAGCUGUCACCUACGCUGCUGCCCCAGCCGUCACCAGGGUUGUUCAGUCCGCCCCAGCUGUCACCUACGCUGCUGCACCAGCCGUCACUCGCGUUGCCACCUACGCUGCUCCAACCGUCACCAAGGUUAUCCAGUCCGCCCCAGUUGUUGCCGCUGCUCCAGCUGUCACCUACGCCGCUGCCCCAGCCGUGACCGCUGUCCACCACGCUGCUCCAGCUGUCACCUACGCCGCUGCCCCAGCCGUGACCGCUGUCCACCACGCUGCUCCAGCUGUCACCUACGCCGCUGCCCCAGCCGUGACCGCUGUCCACCACGCUGCUCCAGCCUUCGCUGCCGUCCACGCUGCCCCAGCUGUUGCCACUGUUGCCCACGCUGCUCCAGCCAUUGCCACCGUUGCCCACGUUGCCCCAGCCAUUGCCACCGUUGCCCACGCUGCUCCAGCCAUUGCCACCGUUGCCCACGCUGCCCCAGCUAUCGCUACCUACGGCGUUGCUCACGCCGCUCCAGCCUACUACGGCUACGGCAUUGGCUCCCUCGGCUAUGGUGUUGGCAGCUACGGUUACGGCCACGGACUUCUUGGCUACGGCCUGAACUACGGCUAUGGCCUUGGUUCUCCCCUGAGCUACUCCACCCUCCUCCGCAAGAAGAAGUGUAAGUUAUGUUUUCAUUUUCGGAGCCAAUGUCGUCUCAUAGAGAAUGGACAGUCGGUGGGGACUGGCUUCCCUGCGGGCGGCCCCGUUCCGUCCUCGUGCCUCCCCGAGAAGAACGACUGGACGGACGGGCAGGGCUACGCUGUCGUUGAGAACUAA